AUGACACAGAUUACCCACUUUGACCUAGGGUCUACGUUACCAGUUGCGAAGAGGUUGAAAAGCAGUUACAAGCCAAAUUUAUCAAAGUUUCAUCCAGGAGCAAUUAUAAGAUGCAGACUAAAGAAUUUUAUGUCGUAUUCAUUAACUGAAUUUCAUUUCCAUUCGAAUAUGAAUUUGAUAGUAGGGCCCAACGGUUCUGGAAAAUCUACAUUUGUUUGCGCUGUUUGCAUUGGACUUGGCGGGAAGUUGGCCAACUUAGGUAAGGAAUCAAUGACUACUGAUGGAUUUAUCAAAGAUAAUGAAAAUGACGGAUACAUUGAACUCGAAUUAAAGGGUAAAGAGGAAAGUACUAGUGUUGUCGUUCGGACAAUACUACAUAGAAAAAGUAAGACUGAAUGGAUGAUCGAUGGUGUACUUGUCAAUGAGAGUAGUAUGAAAAAAUUAAUGAGAAGUUUCAAUAUUCAAUUAGACAACUUAUGUCAAUUUUUACCACAAGAUAGGGUAUCAAAAUUUGCGGAUCUUAAGCCAGAAGAACUAUUAAGGGAGAUUGAAAAAUGUUACAAAGAUGGAGAAUUACUCGACGAACAUCUGAAUAUUAUUCAGUUGCAGGGAAAUGUUAAUGAACAAGAGAAGAGGGUAGAAGAAGACAAAAAGAGAUUGGAAGAAUUGCGUGUGAAGAAUAAGAGUUUGAAGGAAAACGUGGAGAAGCACAGGCAUUAUAUGCAGUUAGAGAAGGAGUUGAAAAAAACGGAAUUGAUCCGUCCAUAUAUUGAAUAUCAAGAUUUGAAGAAACAAAGGGAUGAGUUAAAGGGGAAAUAUGAUGUCCUUAAGAACGACUACCAACUAUUCAUGCAGAAGGUUGCGCCCAUCAAAGAGUCUUUGCAACAUGUUGAUGAUGAAAUGAGUUCCAGCGACGAAGCAAUCAAAAAAUUGGAAAGGAAAAUCAAGGUUUAUGAUGAUAAGAUAGCCGAUAUACGAAAGUCAAUUAACAAGAUUAAUAGUGAAAUUGACCAAAAUUUUCAAAGUAUAAAGAAUUUUGAACAACAAUGUGAGUUUGCGAAAACCUCUUAUUUGGAUAGCAAGGCUCAGCUAAAGGAAUGGGAGAAGCGACUGUCAACCCUUGAGAACGACGGGCAAGACGUUGAUAUUGGACCGCUCAAGACCAUGAAGCAAAAUAUACAAAAUGAGAUUUAUGAGAUUGAAGAUUUAGUUGGUGAGUUGAGAACCAAGCUGAAUACGCAAAAGAGGCUAAAGACAGAUAUCUGUGACAAGAUUACUCUGGAAAGGGGGAAGUUGAGUUCUAAAGAUCGGCUUGUUUCGUUAGACAGAAGGAAAUUUGGUAAAACGAUAGACGCUGUCUAUAAAUUGCGCCAAUAUAAGGACAGGCUAAAUGCACGGUAUUAUGAGCCUGCCAUAUUGACUCUGAAUGUCAGUGAUAAGCAUGUGGCUCCGAUUGUUGAGGCGUUGAUUCAAUUUACACACUUGAAUGCCAUAGUUGUACCCAGUGGGGAAGACUACCAUGCAAUAUCGAGGUUUUUGUAUGAUGAGCAAAAGAUCAUGGUUUCCAUCCGUACCUUAGGUAAGGAUAACCAAGACAUUGUGAACGAUAGGAUCAGUGAUGACAUCAUCAAAGAGUUAGGUUUUGAUGGGUGGUUAACCGAUUAUCUUAGAGCACCAAGAGAAGUUAUUCAAAUGUUAUGUGAGAAUGCCAACAUUCAUAAGAUACCAAUAUCCAUUGCAGGGUUGAAGACUGAGCAGAAGCAAAAGAUUGAGGACUCCAUUCGAAAUGGAUUGGAUCUGGUCAAGUAUGUUAGCUAUGACGAGAUCUAUACCAUGAACAAGUCCAAGUAUGGACGUCAGCAAAUCACAACCACCAUUAAGUCGUUUCGACUUAGUCCACAAAUUUUCGGAAUUGGGCUCUCUGAGGAACAAAAGGGUGCUAUCAAUGAGAGGAUCCGAGAAUUAGAAAGUCGUUUACAAUCAAUCAAUGACGAAAUGGUCCGGCUUUCCGAAUCGAUGAAGAGUGAUAAUACCAAGGCAAAUGAUAAGCGGAGGGAGUUACAGGAUGUUGAAGGGCAGAUUCAUAGAUACAAUGUGCAGCUGAAGGAACGGGACAAGAUACGUCGAGGAGUUGAGAGGGCCCGAGAGCAGAUGGAAGUUAAAAGGGUUAAAUACAAGGAGCUGAGGAAGAGCAAGUUAGAGCAAACCCGAGGAGAAGUGUACGAUAGGAUUGACGGAUUAGUCAAUGAGAGGUUAAGAAUUAUGAGAGAAGAUUACCGGGAGAGUAUGGAGAAGAAGAUGGAAGCUGACAAGGAGUAUAUCAUUAUGAAGGUGAAGUCUGUUGAGGAGAGCAACCGGGUUUUGAGUAUUAAGAGACUAGUGGAUUCAUCGAACGAGGAGAUGCAACGACUAGGGAAGCUAGCUGGAGAUGCGAAGGAAGAGGUGAAUGCGAUACGGGGGAAAUGUAAGAAGGCCAAGUUAGAAGUUGAAGAGGCCACCAGUCGACUAAGUUUAGAGGAAAAACAGGAGGUUGCGACGAUGGUACAAAAGUGGAUCGAUGAGGAUAAGCUGAGUGUUGUACAAUUGAACAUGCGGCUAGAACAGCUGCACAGUGAGAUGGCGCUUAGCGGAGGAGGAAGGAGUAGUGGACGUGGUGUUCUCUAUCAAUUACAAGAGAAUGAGGAGGAGAUUACUGAGAUUGAGGAACGGAUUCCUCACAUUGAGGCCCUUAUUGAAAAGGUAAAGCAAGAGUUAGAUGAAAAACGAACCAGAUGGGAGAGUCAGUUAGAAGGGCUCAUUAGUCAAGUACAAGAAGACUUCUCCCGCAACAUGGCGUUCAUUGCCAGUGCAGGAGAUGUGCAACUCGAGAGGGACGACAAUGACUUUAAGAAAUGGGGGGUUGUAAUAAAAGUCAGUUUUAGAGAUAACGAAGGUCUCAGUGCCUUCAAUGGAGCACAACAUUCUGGCGGGGAGAAAUCUACAACUACCGCCGUAUUUGUCAAUUCUCUCCAAGGUCUGACACAGACACCCUUCCGAGUAGUUGACGAGAUCAACCAGGGGAUGGACGCCAUCAACGAACGACGCGCCCAUGAGCUGAUUGUUCAACGGGCUUCACAAAUUGGAGCUUCACAGUAUUUCCUCAUAACACCCAAAUUACUAACAGGACUAUACUAUUCCUCAGAGAUGGGUGUUCAUUGUAUAUUUGCAGGUCGAUGGAUACCAGAGGCUGGUAAUAAUGACAGCAAUCCGGGAAACGCAGUACGAGAAUCUGACUUUUGCCAAUUAGGAAUAUCUCAAAUGUAUAUGUGA